CUCACGCCCCCACAUCGUACCACCUCUCCCCGCGUCAUACAUAUGCGCCUCGCCGCCCUUCUCGCUCCUGCCAGUCGUCCGCCUCGACUCCGACGCUGACCACCAUGGCUUGCUACGCUCCCAUCGACAUACCCGCUUCCGGCAAGGAGCCGUUCACAGACUACGCUCGCUGGCGCCUGCGCUCCUCGGAGGACGGGCGGCAUACAUGGCACUACCUCCAGACCGACGAAGAGUGCAAGGCUUGGCCUCAGACUGAGAUAGACAGGUACUGGCUCGGACUCCCUGUUGACCUGCCUGCGCUGCCCCCGCCGGAGGACGCUCUCGACGCCGCGCGGAACGGGUUCAAGUUCUACAAGCACCUCCAGGACGCGGACGGGCAUUGGGCCGGAGAGUAUGGAGGGCCUAUGUUCUUGCUCCCUGGACUCGUCAUCGGGUCCUAUGUAUCGGGCAUGACCUUCACGCAAGAGGAGAGGCUGGAGAUCAUCCGGUACCUCAUCAACCUUGCUCACCCUAAGGAUGGUGGCUGGGGCCUGCACAUCGAAGGUCAAUCGACUGCCUUUGGUACGGCGCUGAACUACUGCGUGAUGCGCAUCCUGGGUGUAUCGCCUGAGCACCCUACGCUCGUGAAAGCGAGAGCCACCUUGCACAAGCUCGGGGGCGCGACGGGCGUACCUUCAUGGGGGAAGUUCUGGCUGUCCGUAUUGAAUGUGUAUGACUGGGAGGGAAACAACUCUAUUCUGCCUGAGCUUUGGCUAUUCCCGGACCUGACACCUUUCCACCCGCACAAAUGGUGGAUCCAUACCCGCACCGUCUACAUACCCAUGUCCUACCUCUAUUCCCUCCGCUGGAAGAUGGAAGAAAACGACCUCAUUCUCGCGCUACGCGAGGAACUCUACCCGCAAAAUUACUACAGCAUCGACUGGCCGGCGCAACGCAACAACAUAUGUCACGUCGACUUGUACGCACCACACACCGCGCUCUUUGACUUCCUCUACUCCAUCCUCAACACCUACGAGCCAUGUGCCGCCCCGCCUCUGCGCAAGCUGGCGAUGGAGAGGUGCUACCAGCUCGUCGUGCAGGAGGAUGAGAACACGGGCUACCAGACGCUCGGGCCGGUGAGCAAGAUGAUCAACCUCAUCAUCCGCACGAUCGUCGACGGCAAGGAGAGCGAGGCGUACAAGCUACACAUGGAGAAGCGGGCGGACUUCUUGUGGAUCGGUAAGGAGGGCAUGCGGAUGUGCGGGACGAACGGCAGCCAGCUGUGGGACAUCGCCUUCAUCGCGCAGGCACUCGUGGAGACGGGCUUGGGCGACGAGAGCGAGAACCAAGAGAGCCUGGUCAGGGCACUGCGUUGGCUUGACCAGUGCCAGAUCCAGCAGAACCCAAAGCAUUUCGAGUCUUCGUAUCGGCAUCCGACGAAGGGCGCGUGGCCAUUCAGCACGAAGACCCAGGGCUACACGGUCAGUGACUGUACCGGCGAAGGGCUCAAGGCCGUCCUCUACAUCCAGGAACACGUCGAGUCCACACCGAAGCUGGUAUCGGAAAGGCGAAUGUGCGACUCCGUGGAUCUCUUGUUGGGUAUGCAGAAUGCAGACGGUGGCUUCGCGAGUUACGAGCUCAUCCGUGGACCGGAGUGGCUGGAGAAGCUGAAUCCCGCCGAGGUGUUCGGUGCGAUCAUGAUCGAGCACAGCUAUCCAGAGUGUACAACCUCCGUCAUCACCGCCCUAUCUAUCUUCAGAAAAUACUACCCGAAGUACCGAUCCGCUGAUAUUGAGACGGUUAUAAAGAGGGCGGUCAAGUACCUCCACAAUGCGCAGACGCCUGAGGGUGGCUGGGUCGGCUCCUGGGGUAUCUGCUUCACGUACGCCGCCCAGUUCGCGUGCGAGUCGCUAGCGCUCGUCGGAGAGACGUACGACAACAGCCCAUACCUGAGGAAGGCAUGUGAGUUCCUGCUCAGCCACCAACGGGCUGACGGCGGCUGGGGAGAGAGCUACAAGUCUUGCGAGACGAGUAGUUGGGUGGAGCAUGAACAGACGCAGGUCGUACAGACCUCUUGGGCCACCAUGGCGCUCAUCUACGCGCGUUACCCUAAGCCGGAACCAAUAGAGCGUGCCGUCCAUCUGGUUAUGUCACGCCAAAAUCCGGAUGGCUCGUGGUCCCAGGAAGCCAUGGAGGGCAUCUUCAACAAAAGCGUGACGAUCGCGUACCCGAACUUCAAAUUUUCGUUCACCAUCUGGAUGCUCGGCCGUGCCCAUCAUUAUCUUGCUGAACUGAAGGCGCGCCGGAACGGCCACCAAAUUGGCAAAGCAGGACUUUGAGCAACCGGCCCGUUCCGCAAUUCGUGUCUUCGCUUCGUCUUCGCCUCAUCUGCUCGCCUUCCUGUCGCAUAAACUCUUGCUUUCUUCGCAUGUCGCCUGUCGCCUGUCACACGAUCUUUUGUUUUCGCACU